AGUUCUCCAACAAUGGCUUCUUCGACUCUCGGCGGCGAUAAGAGAAGCGAGAUAGCGUUUUUCGAUCUUGAGACGGCGGUUCCGACCAAACCGGGGCAGCCUUUUGCGAUUUUGGAGUUCGGGGCUAUCUUAGUUUGCCCUUUGAAGCUAGUGGAGCUUUAUAGUUACUCCACUUUGGUUCGACCCACCGAUCUUUCUCUCAUCGCCACGCUCACGAAGCGACGAAGCGGCAUUACCCGCGACGGAGUUCUCUCUGCACCUACCUUCUCUGAAAUCGCUGAUGAAGUCUACGACAUUCUCCACGGACGAAUUUGGGCGGGACAUAACAUUAAGAGAUUUGAUUGUGUAAGAAUAAGAAAUGCAUUUACAGAAAUUGGUCUCUCUCCGCCUGAGCCGAAAGCUACUAUUGAUUCCCUUUUGUUGUUGUCUAAGAAGUUUGGGAAGAGAGCUGGUGACAUGAAGAUGGCAUCGCUUGCUACAUACUUCGGGAUAGGAGAUCAAGCUCACAGGAGCUUAGAUGAUGUCAGGAUGAAUCUUGAAGUUGUCAAGUACUGUGCAACAGUCUUGUUUCUGGAGUCCAGUGUUCCUGACAUUCUUACAGACAUGAGCUGGUUUUCUCCAAGAAAAAGUCCGAGAACACAAAGUAAAGAGAAGUCACUGCCUAAUGGUGUCAGAGAAAACAAGACUUCUUCGUCUUCGAGCCCUAAAACUGAUCCGAGUCCGUCUUCUGUAGAUGCCACAACCGUCAAAAAUCAUCCCAUCAUUUCUCUUCUGACGGAAUGCUCAGAAAAUGACACAUCUGGUUGUGAAAUAAAUCCAUCUGAUAUAACCACUCUUAUAAGUAAACUACAUAUUGGAACUCUUCAGACAGAUGCUGCGGACGAAGAGGAAACUGUAAGACAGCAGGAUGGAUCAACCGAUCCCAAUGCCAUAGAUGAUUCAUUUUUGGGCUUUAAUGAAGUGUCUGUUUCUAGCAUCAGGGCAAGUCUUGUCCCGUUUUAUCGUGGGACUCUGAGAAUGAAGCUAUUUCACAACGACACCCCUCUACAUCUCUGUUGGUAUAGCUUGAAAAUUUGGUUUGGAAUAAGCCGGAAGUUUGUUGAUCAUGUAGGUCGUCCAAAGAUGAAUAUUGUUGUCGACAUACCUCCUGAUUUAUGCAAGAUUUUGGAUGCAGCCGAUACUGCUGCGCAUAAUUUACUGAUUGACUCAAGCACAGGGUCAGAUUGGAGGCCUACGGUUAUGAGGAAAGAAGGCUUUGCCAAAUAUCCCACAGCCAGACUGCAAAUAAGCUCAGAAUCCAACGGAUAUGAUACAAGGUGUGGAACCCAGGUAUACCGAAAAGAAGAACCUUUGGGAACCAAUCAAAAGCUCGACUUCAGUAGCGAUAAUUUUGAAAAGCUUGAGUCAGCACUACUUCCUGGUACCCUUGUUGAUGCAUUCUUCUCACUUGAGCCUUACGAUUAUCAGCAAAUGGCUGGAAUACGUCUAGGAGCCAGAAAGUUGGUAAUCCACCAGAAAAAAAUGAUAUAGCCAAGGAAAAAUCAUUUCGCUGUCUCUUCCUGGUCAGUCGUUGAGCACUUUUUGGUCAUUCCCAUUUUGUAGAUGUAUGUAGUCAAUGCUAAUUCGUGGGAGGUUGGUAGCUAGGAAGAAGGAAAUUAGUAUUUUAAGAAUGAUCUGUGAACCGAUCAAUAGAGACACCACACUCAAAAUGUAACAAUCAUCCUGAUUACACAGUUUAAUAUUAUUGAUUCUCUAAAAUUUUCUUCC